AAACAAAUAGCAGAAACCUUCAUUGUGGGAUGUGGAAUUAUAGGAGCAGGACCAGUAAACCCAGCAGCUCAUUACCAACUGAAAGGAUGACGAGCUGUCAGGUAGCAAGGCGCGAGGACGCACGUCAGCUUCCUUUAAUGUUCUCAGYAAGGUGUAAGUGAAACUGGGGUGGGUGAGGGUUUAUAUAUAUGUGUGUGUAUAAAGAGAAGGGGCAGAGCCCUUAAUCUUCCCCGUUGGAGGGAUGUUGUCCUGAGAGCAUGACGCGCUCACUCGGAGCUCCUCUGGGCGUCGCGCUGCACGCAUCGCUGCUGCUGGCGCUGCUGGCUCAUCAUGGCGCUCAGAGACCCGGAGACGAGGGGGGUUUGAGGUCCCCGCACAGCCUCUCCGGCCCCGAGCGACCGGCCGGGUACCACCAGCACCUGCCGUUCUACAUGAUGCACCUUUACAGGAACUUCAAGGCGAACCUCUCCAGGCCUUUGGAUGAUCUGGAGCGAGACGCGUCGAAGCGCGCGGACACGGUGAAGAGUUUGAUGGCGAAAAAUUUGACGUACAAACAUGAGCGCUGGGUGGUGACCUUUGACCUCCAUGUCCUUCUGGCUGACAAACACAUCCAAGCAGCCGAGCUGAGAAUCAAGCUUCCUCGGUCCCAGAAUGCUUCUGGCAUCAACGUGGAGGUGAGUCACCUGGAGCAGGAGCCCGUGGGGCUGCUCACCGAGUCGUCUUUAGUCACGUCAUCACAAAGCUGGAAGGUGUUCAACGUGACCGGUCCUCUCUUGGGCUGGCUUCGGCAAAACUCCACAGGAUUUCAAAAUAAAAGUACGCCAAGACAAAGGGCGGGGACGAAGCAAAUGCUAGGCCUGUCUGCUCCCCAUCAGCCUGGUUUCGUUGCGAGUUCCAAAAAGGUGCAGAACGUGAGCGACCAGGCGCUGCUGGUCGUCUUCUCACACAUGGGAUCUGGUGAAAACUCGAAGGCCAAAGCGAGCUUGCUCCACACAGCGGAACAAUCCAAGUUCUUGUCCCCCGCUGAAAUCAAAAGGGUUCACUGGCCGAGGAGGCGCAGGAGCAAACGAGGCCACAAAGAGCAAACAGUGAGAAGCCCGCAGGUGCUCAAGAAAGGGGGCGAGAAGUCCGUCUGUCGCAGAGUGGACCUGGAGGUGGAUUUUAAUCAAAUCGGCUGGGCCUCCUGGAUCAUCUUUCCCAAAAAAUACAACGCUUACCGCUGUGAAGGUUCCUGCACUGGUCCUCUGGGAGAAGACCUAAAUCCAACCAAUCAUGCUUAUAUGCAGAGUCUGCUGAAACAUUACCAUCCCGAGCGAGUGGCGACGCCGUGCUGCGCUCCGACCAAAAUGAGCCCGCUGAGCAUGCUGUACUACGAGAACGGAGAAAUGCUCCUUCAGCACCACGAGGACAUGAUUGUGGAUGAGUGCGGCUGCCAGUGAUGCUGCAGCCACCUCAGAACGAGAACCUUUUCUGCAGAGUUGGAGUUUAAACACUGGCAGCUCAGAAAAAGUUUCAACUCAGCUUACAAGAAUUAGAACAUUAGUUGUAUUUCUAAUAAAAAAAAUGUUACACUGCAGAAUAAAAAAAGGUUGCUGUAAAUUAGGUAAGUCGUUUUUAUAAAAUAUAAAUAGAAUCCGUACAGCUAAUAUUUUUGCAGCAUAUUGUAAUUUAAUCACAAUGAGAGGGAGUUGAGCUCCUGCACCAUCUUUUAGUACUUUUUUAAAACUUUUAGUUUAAGGAACACUAAAAAAAAGACUUGACUGGAGAAGUUUUGAAUUCUGUUUAAUAUGUUCUCUGAGCACAAUCAAGUCUUUAACUGCAGUAUCUGUUUACCUUUAAACAAAGAAAAAGGAAAGCUGCAGGUUUGCUCAUUAUAUCGAGCUCUGCUUAAUGCAACUUUAAUAAAAAUAAUAAUAAUUUAGUGGAUAUGAAAAACCUAAAUGGUGGAACUUCAUGCUUAAAACAUUUCUGCAAUAACUGAAACUAUUCUCUGUUUUGUUUUGAACUAAAUCUCUCCAGAUUUAGCGUUAAAGCUUUUUGUCUUACUUUUAUCGAAAGCUUUAUAUUACACGAGUAAGAACUGCCCUUUUAUCCUUUGCUCACCUGGCAGCAGGUACACGCUGUGAAGAAACAAAAGUGAUUUCAGAAACAUAAAAAAACACUUAACAUUUAGUAAAAAAAAGGCUCUUUGAUAUUUUGUCAUCUUGCACUGUAAGAUUGCAUCUGAUCCAUGUGCCAGAACACAGCUUUAAAGGGAUAGUUCACAACUCUUGAAAUGGGAUUGUGUUACGACAGUAUGAACAUUGAAUAUCUUACCUGUUUUAGAUCGUUCAUUUGAACAGAUCUUAUUUUAUGAUGUAGGCUCUGUGUGUAAUGAGGACAUUUAUUUUUUUGAAGAUGUGCUGAAAUACACAUUUAUUAACAGCAUUAAGAUAUUGUCACAAUCCAACAUUGAUGUUUAUUUUUGGUAAAUGUUCAAUUUAUUUUGUGAAAACAUAUGCCAAUGUUGUUUAAUGUUUCAGCACUGUUUUUUUUAUAUAAAACUAUUACUGUAAACUAA